AACAGAAGGAGCUUUGGGACAACGGUGGAAAGUAGGAUUGUAAGUCUGCCUGUGUGGACACAUGAGAAAAAGAGGACAGAAGAUGGGUGGAUCAAAAAGACAUGACUUCAAGGACUGAAAUAGGAUGUGGAGCAACAAAAGAUCUGUUUCGUCUCAGCUGAUCUGCACACAAACAGGAAGAGAGGGAAGACCCAAGUCGAGGUGCCUAGAAGACACAGAACUUGCCUGAACAAGAGGCAGAAAAAAAAGCCAGGCAAAUUACUGAGAAGACGUGCUCUCACUCACUCAAGGAGGGGGAGAAACACUGAGUCAAAGCAGACAGACAGACAGGAAGAGCAAAAGGAGGAGGAGGAGGAGGAGGAGGGGGGGGUGAGGUAAAAGAAAACAUAAGAAAGCAGAGAAGCGAAAGAUUAACACUUUUGAGAGAGAAAGAGAGACAGAGUGGGGUUGAGCUGGGGAGAACGAGCUGAUGAGGGGGAGAAAAGCUGAAAACAGAGGGUGACAGAGAGCAGAUAAUGGGUGAGUGUUGAACAAGGUGAAACAGAGAGGAAGCAAGAGAAACAGAAGGUGAGGGGGACAGUGGGUUAAGUUAGCAGGAGGGGAGAGGUAUGAGGGCACAGUUCUUGAAGUCAUUCUUCUCUUUGGUGAUCAUUGUCUUCUUUCUGGGGAGCCUGCUGACCACUCUCCUCUGGUACAUGGUCGACAACAACAAUGUGGAACCUCAGAGGCCGCCUCCUCAAAAGAAAAGUGCCCCUCAGCCCACUGACCCCUGUAAAGGCUGCAGGGAGGUCAUCAACAAAGUAAUAGAGCGUUACUCUCAAACCUGGAAGAAGCAGGAGGACAAUUACCAAAAAUUCAGAUCUCAGCUGAGCAGCAGGUGCCAUGGUUUAGAGAAGGCCAUCAUUACUCAGGCCAACACUCCAGUGGGAACCAAGAUUGUGUAUGACGGGGAAAAGAGGAGGAGCCUCCAGGUGACCCAGGAGAUUUUCAGCACCUUUGCAAAGGAUCAUCCGUUCUCAAAUAAAACAUGGGACACGUGUGCUGUUGUUGGGAACGGAGGGAUCCUGACCAACAGCAGCUGUGGAAAGAUGAUUGAUUCAGCUCAGUUUGUUAUCAGGUGCAACCUACCUCCUUUGGAAAAUGGUUUUGAGAAACACGUGGGCAUCAAGACUGACCUUGUGACAGCAAACCCAAGCAUCCUCCUAGAGAAGUAUGGGGCUCUAAUGGGGCGUCGCCGGCCAUUCGUGGAGAGUCUGCGUAGCUACGGCAACUCCCUGCUGCUCCUUCCCGCCUUCUCCUAUGGCCACAACACUCCUGUGUGCCUGCGGGCUGUCUACAGCAUUGAGGACUUUGAAAGCCCCACACGGCCCAUCUUCUUCAACCCCAGCUACCUCCAGAGUCUGGCCCUCUUCUGGCGCUCGCAAGGCCUACGAGCAGUGCGGCUCAGCACUGGCAUUAUCAUGGCUAGUAUGGCGCUGGAACACUGUGCCAACGUGCAUCUGUACGGGUUCUGGCCUUUCAGUAAUCACCCACAUGGACUCCAUGCUCUGACGAACCACUACUAUGAUGACAGACAAACAAAAAAAAAAUUCCACGCCAUGCCAGCUGAGUUUGACCUCUUGUUGAGGCUGCACAGUCAGGGGGUGCUCAGGCUUCACCUGGGAGAUUGUCCAUCAGGUAAAAGGUAGUUCACAGACCCAGCGGCAGCUGACUGGACAGGAAAGUGCCUUUGUUGUAGCCCAGUUACUCAUGAGUCUUUCAUACACUUUUGAAUGAAUGGACAGAUUUGUUUUGGCUGGUGACAUGGAAGAAGUGUGUCCAAACAAGAUGGAUGCUUGAACUUACAGUAAAGUUUGAGUUGGCCUAUUAGCAGCCAGGACAUUUGCACUGAAAUCAAGAUGCAACAACCGUAAGGCUGGAGACAUUGUGUAAACAGUCUUGUAGUGCAUCUAAAAUUGUAUUUAUUACCAAAAAUGUUCCAGCUUUAGUCUGGAAGGAGUUAUUUUGAUUAAUAUGGGAAUCCUUUGCGGGGGUUGACAUGAUAGUGCCUUCUUUUGGAUCAAGAUGAAUGUAUUUUGAAGAAAAUCAAAUACCUCCUUUACAUGAAGAUUGUCUGGCUGAAUAUUUUAACAUUUAAUGACAAACAGCUGCGCACUGAAUGUAAAGAAUCUUUUGACAUUUUCGUUAAAAACGCGUCACACAUUCAACCACUUUGGAAAAAAUAUCUUGGGAACUGUCAAGAGGAGAUGUAUGGUACUCACACACAAUUGUUAGAAAAAGCUGGUGCUGGCUGAAGAAGAUAAUUUCUGCACUCUUGUUCUCACUCCACGUCACCGACACUGCUGGAUGUGAUACAGACACGAGGUAAACCUCUAAUCACAGAGUGCCUGCCGGGGUGGUGUCCCAGUCGCCUCAACUACAAGCCUCCACAGCUGCUGCACUCUGGGGGCACUGUGAGGACCCUAAAAAGUGAGGCUCAGAGCCAAGGACUAAACAGAGACACCACAGAAAGAAACAGGAAUAAUAACACUACUAAAACCAGGAGGUCCUAGCUCACAAAGGUUGCCAUGGUGAGCCUGUGUUACAAUGUGCUACCCCUCGUCACCAUAGUGACCAGACGUGGAUAUGUGCUGUCACAAAGUGGCAACAGUCACAUUUUGGUACAAUGUUAGUGUGGAAGUGAAUAUUUAAGUUGAUGUUUAUGCUAAAUCAAUGAGUGACUCCAAUGUAAGGUGAUAUGAUGAUUGUAAAUUGUGCACUUUGGAUGAGAAUUGUAAAAUUUGGGUAAAAGUAGCAUUUGCGUCAAAACUUGUGCAAGUAUUGCCUUUCAUGUUGAUACUUAUAAAGUCUUAACAGUGAUUAUUGUCAUCCAGAAAAAUAAUGUACAAGCUGUAGAUGACCAAACUUGAGAACUCUUAUGAGCCAGUUUUAGAAUCUUGUGUUGUUGUAUUUUUUAACAGUGUGAGGCAAGAGGGAAAAUGAAGAUAAAGUGAAUCAGUGAAUAAAUAUUUAUCACAAAAAGGUUA